AUGAUUGGAAAAAUUACUAUUAUGCAUUCCAUGAUAUUGAGGUCAUUUAUUGCACCUACUUUUCAGAGGAUGAAACAUCCAGCGGCCCUCCAAGCCUUCAGUUCAAACGCUCUCCAAAGCUCUCCAAAAGCAAGACUGAACAUUCCGAUAGAUUUUUCUUCUACGCCUAUCCUAGCACAUAACGCUGAGGAUGCAAUCGCAAACCCUGAGCUGAAGUCAGAACUUAGCAGUGGAACCACAAAGCGUAUGAAUCUAUGUCAAUCCAUAAAUGAUGCUUUAUCACUCUCAAUGGCGAAUGACGACUCAGUUAUCUUGUUUGGGGAAGAUGUCGCUUUCGGUGGAGUAUUCAGAUGUAGUCUAGGUCUACUUGAGAGAUAUGGGGCCGAAAGAGUCUUUAAUACACCACUAUGUGAGCAGGGAAUUGUAGGGUUUGGAAUUGGCGCUGCAGCAGAAGGUUUAAAAGCUGUUGCUGAAAUUCAGUUUGCAGACUAUAUAUAUCCUGCCUUUGAUCAACUCGUGAACGAAGCAGCCAAGUUCCGAUAUCGAGAUGGAACGCACGGCAGACACGCAGGUGGCCUGACAGUGAGAAUGCCUUGCGGUGGUGUCGGCCAUGGUGCUUUAUAUCACUCACAAUCUCCAGAAAGUUUAUUCACACAUAUACCAGGUCUUCGAGUAAUCAUACCGAGAUCUCCUCUUCAAGCAAAGGGGUUGCUGAUGUCUGCUAUUUCAAGUAACGAUCCAUGUAUAUUUAUGGAACCCAAGGCCCUUUAUCGGGCGACAAAUGAGCAUGUUCCCACUGAAGUUUACAAAUUACCACUUUCAAAGGCUGAAAUCUUAAAGGAAGGGAAGGACAUAACUAUCAUCUCUUAUGGACAGCCAAUCUACACAUGCAGUGCUGCAAUCUCAGCUGCUGAAGCUGAUUUUGGAAUAAAUAUUGAGCUGAUUGAUUUGAGAACUGUCUAUCCUUGGGACAAGGAAUGUGUACUUCAAAGUGUAAAAAAGACCGGGAGAUGUAUACUGGUACAUGAGAGCAUGAUAAACGCUGGUAUUGGAGCUGAACUUGCCGCAAGCAUCCAAGAGGACAAGGAUACAUUUUUGAGACUGGAGGCUCCAAUCAUGAGAGUUGCAGGCUGGAGUAUACACAUGCCGUUAUUGUAUGAGAGAUUUAACAUUCCAGACGUUACUAGAGUUUAUGACGCUAUAAAAAAGAUAAUCAACUACUAA